CCACUUACACCGGGCCAAAAUCAUUCUCUAUCUCGUUUAUUUCUCAUGUUCCUUAUAGUCUCCUGCCCCCCUCCGCCCUCGUACUCCUCCUCAUCUUUAAACCCUGAGCCGCUUCUUCGCUACGGUUUUUCUCAGCUCUCAUCCGGCUUGCCAGACGCACUCGGUUACGCGACUGCUCGGGUCGUUGGUCCUUUCAUUUGUACUUCAUCGUUUAUUCAUUUUCCGGACCAAAUGAGUUGAUAAAGUUCAUCGGGUAUGUGCCAGACACACCGAUAAAUCAUCGAUAUAGUGAUCUCUCUGGUGUGUGAAUAAAGUGGUGUUUCAAAUAUAGAGAGUAUCGUCUAAACCUGCGCAUAGUCAUUGUGGUGGUCCAUAUUCUCAUGCGCGCGACUGAAGCUGUCGUGAUCCACGCGUGGGAAACCCGCUGGAUCGUCUAACGACCCAACGAUUUUUCGACGGACUCGUGAUUUUUUUUUUCCCCCCGAAUCACUUGGUUCCUCCGAGAAAUACCCAACAGGCAGAAAUACUUGAGUUCCAUCAUCAUGUGAUGCAGAUACGAUAAACAGUGCCGAUUAACAUCCCAUGAAUUAUCCAAAUUAGGCGUUUAAGGACUGAAAAAAAGGAGUCGUUGAGAAGUGCGGAACCUGUUUUGUAAUUUUUCAUCAAUUUUUUGUUCCCUCGAUAAUGUCGCAGAGAGACCCAUCACCGGGUUGUAGUAAUGGGGAUACCGUUCCAUCGAGGAAUCCGAGAUGCUCUAACAAGCAGAUGGAUACGCACGAUCACGAUGAUGAGGAUACACCGUGUCGCAAUAGGAAGACAUCAAAUCAUCAAGUAAUGCAAGCUGAAUCGUCACACUCACAUCGAAGCCCCGUGGAGUCACCGCUCGAUCCGAUGUUCGGUUCGAUGAGGCACAGCCGAUCUCGAACAAAUCAAAAUCAAAUAUUUCCAGGUGAAUCGACUUACAGCCCCGGUCGAAUGAUCCUCACUGAUUUACCAGACUCAGUUCCCCCUGGUAAGCGUAUCGAUUCAACGGAUUCGCAGAAAAAUCGGGUGCAGUAUCCACAGAGUCACUCUAACAAUGCCCAUUGUCGAAACUUGCUACCUGCUGAUUCCACCUACCUGCAACAUUUGAUGAAUGAAGCAGAGGUGGCUGGGGAGUCGAACAACAGGAGCAGUCGUCGUCAGUGCACGAUGGAUGAGAGAUACCGCAAACACAUGAUCGAGGAGAGAUCAGCAAGUCCUACAUCAUCGUCAGACGCUGCUGAAGUCUUUACAUCACCAAGACACUCCAGACAUCGUCAGCACUCGUCUCACCGUCACAGACUAGCGAAUCAGGGCAAGGAGAGUCACUAUCAAUCAACAAUUGCACCGCAGAUUCAUCAGCCCUCGCCAUCGGGACGCCAUCGUCAGGCGAAUCAUUGUCAUCGUUAUCACGAGAUUGGCCAGCCUCCAUCGUGCUCACCAGUCUGUGACUCCGGUGUCAAGGAGGAUGAUGGCUCUUCAUCCGCCCUGUCCCAUCACCGAGACAGAUUUUCAAGUUGCGAAGACGUUAAUACAAUUGGCCCAACAGUUAUCAAUCAAGUCCAAUCGAGUCAUCAUGGCCAGAUGCAGAUAUCAACAAUUACCAAUGAUCAUCAUCGCAUGAGUUCGGGAAUAUCGUGUGAAUCUUCAACAUCAUCACCGAGCAUUAGAAAUCAUGGAACUAUCGAGCAUUGCGUGGCCGACCGACAUCAUAAUCAUACACGGCAUACACAUGUAAUACAACCCUAUGCUCUGGAUCAUCCUCAGCGCGUGGAAAUUGCUCAUCCAGCAGAAACUAAGAGCCCACUUCUAAUUGGCCUUGAAGCCUACCAAAUGACUGGCUCACCCGGUAAGAAUAAAUGUCAGUGUCACAUUGAUCAUGCCCAACAGCAAACACAACGCAAUCAGGAGCAGAUGCAACAGCAAAAUCAUCAGAUGCAUCAUCAUCACAAUAUGUAUCAUGAGCGUGAACAAUUCGAUCAGGAUAAGAGGGGUGCCGAGGGUGAUGACAAUGCUGAUAACAUGGCCGUUGUUGUCUCCAGAAUUCAUCAGCCUCCUGCACUACCACCAAGACCACCACCCAGAACCAACAGAAUGUACGAUACAUCCGCUUAUGAUAAUCGGACUGAUAAUGGCGACGGAGGUUGCUGCAAGAAAUAUGUAGUUCUGUGUUGUCUCUGCGGGGCCCUCAGUGCCGCCGUUGGAAGUCUCUUCCUGGCUGUUCAUGCUGUUUUGUCUGCCCACACUGCCAGCCUCAUGCAUUUUGAGACUGUGCCUUCCUACAUUCCGGGCACAAUGUUGAUACUGAUGGGAUUCUUCACGAUGCUGCUAGCCAGGCGGAAGCACAGAUACGGCCUUCUGAUGAAGGUCUGUGGCUCUGUUGCAGUUGUUUGCGCCCUUGUAUGUGUACUGGUAACAAUAACGACAACUGUAAUUCACAUGUCAAAGCUGCAGAGCCUCCGAGAGUGCGUUUAUACAGCAAGAGCGAGAUCCUGCACUUGUUAUGGUAACUCACAAGGCAGAAGUGGAGAUACUGGGGUACUCUUCGAGGGUACACCACACUGUGAAGCGGUGCAUGGUGCCCUUUACGCCUGCCUGAGAGCUCUAUUUGGUGUGUCUGUUGCGGGUAUACUGGCCUGCAUAUUUUCCUGUAUGCUGGUGUACCAGUUGCUCAGCCAUGAGAAGAAAAAAAUGUACUGGGAGCAACUGGAACUGAGAUGUAGAUCACUGUACGGCCAGGGGGGUGGAGCACCUGUGGGUGGAACAACAGCAGGCUCCUGUGGAUGCUGCAACGAUUGCGGUGGGGUUAAUCCCUGGUGGGCACAAACCCCCGGGAAUUUGUACACUCCAAACCCUGAUUUGGCCCCGUCUAGAAGAUGGCGCCUACCUUGGUCACGUUCACGGGGUCCAGCACCGAGUCCUGACUCAAACUAUGGCUUUCAUGCACAGUCUAUAAGACACUCGAAUGAAUUAAGUGACCCAUCCCGCGAGGGUACAACUGCAAUAUCAGCACCCUAUGGUUUCAUCGAUUCACGUCAACCAGUCGGUCCCUACUCCGUCCUAAAUCCUCAAAAUAACUCCUAUACGCCUAGUACCGCGUCCUACAGUGUUUUGGAGGCGCCAGUUCCACUUUGGGGACCUCCACCUCCGUACAGUGAUCCCAACAGUCCAGCGAGAAGACCACAAAUUGUUGAACCCAAAUGUUCAUCUUCUGGCGGUUCAUUGUCCGGCUCUUCCACAACAGCUGCAGCUGUUGCUGCUACGCCAUCGAGAUUGGCUAGUGUUAAGAGGACUGUGGAGACUUUUGAAACUAAUGAAGAUCAUCACAUACAAAGAACUCCACAACACUGCGCACCCUCCGACAAUUACGAGAACACCGAAGAGCUGGUGAACCCGGAGUUAGAAUGCACAGCUGUUCACGAGAGUACAACGAUGAAGGCCCGUCGCUCGAGACGAGCCUUAAAAGGUGUGGAGAAUGAUGCCUUCCAGCAGGAGCAGAACCACCAGUUGUCAACGACAAAGCAAUCGGAGAGUGAGCUCUAUUUCGGGGACGUAUCGUCUUGCUGUGGACCAGAGAGUAGUUUAUACGAGAUGGCAGUUGAGAAGGAACUGACAUCGCGAAUUGAGCAUCAGGAUGAGCUUCAGCAGAAGGAGUACAUGGCUUCGAGAAUGAGCAAGCACAGAUUAUCGAAGCGAAAUCGUCUGCCUCUUCCCCUUCCUCCAGGACAAGCGUCUCCUCACCAAGAGUUACUGGAUGCCAGUAAUGAGAGGAAUUACACCAAUGGGGAAGAGUCUCUGGGAGCGUCUGGAGCAUUUCUAGCGCCAGACGCUCAAUAUGAAGUGAUACAGCAGGGCGCCAGGUAUGGAUACUACUCGACAAAUUCAGAGGAAGAAUUCAGAGAGGCCCCAGCUGGCUACAACUUUUACAGAGACGAAUCCAAAGCAGAGUCAUCAAUCCGAGAUUACAGACCGCAGAGGGACGAUGAUAACCAGAGACAAUCUGACGAGGAAUUAUCCCAUGAUAAAUUGGGGAGGAGAGAGCAUCAGUGCUGCUCAAACAGUGUCACUGAUCUCGAUGCAGACUGGCAGAGUGUGGAGCAAAAAUUAAACUCGGAUGAUGGAGUUUGUCCGAUAAAUGUUUAAACUAAUUUGUUGACUUCUCUGAUGCAGAGAUAUUAGAUGAAAAGGUAAAUAUCGAAGGAUUGAACAAUAUAAGGCUGUUUAUAGCGCUCACAAGGAGAAUUCUCUCCGGGUGCUCCAAAUAUUACGUCACACUACUGUUUUUUCAUCGCAAUCGUAUCCUCUUGGGUAAAGGUUAUAGGCUUCGCCAAUUCUUUAAAUUAUCCCAAAGAUUUACUGAGGGGAAUUUCAACAGGUGAUGACUACAAGUUUCGUGAAAAGUUCAUAGAACUUGGCGUGAAGAUUCAGUCGUUCGGGUAAACCUUGACUCUUCUUCUCUUGUUCGCAUUUUUUUUGUUUGAGUAGGAGUUUUGUAGUCGUUCACUUUGAGGCUUCAAAUUUCACAGCGAUAUGUGUGGAAUGUCAUGAAAGGUGAAGAGUAAACGUUUUUAAAAAAUAUUUCUGUACAAUUUUUUUACGAAUAUUCACGAAGGAAGAGUCAAGUUCGAGGUAAAAAUAAAAAUUCCUGUAGAACAAUUGGCACUACUUGAGCGCAAAUUUGGCGGGCAAUUGCUGUUUAAAUGAAGAUACGAAAAUAAUUCCGGGGUGAUAUCUUCAUUUAACCAGAGACAACGUUCUCAUGAUUAACACUUGCCAUGUUUGACCAGUGCUAUUUGAGUUCAAAUCUAUAAUUUCAAAUUAUCACAUGAACAUCAAUGUAGCAGAAGUGAGGAGACCUCAAAAAUUAAAAAAACACGUGACGUCAUAUUUGAAUAGCCCCGCCUGAUUCAUUGCCAUUGUAGUAUUGCACUUAGAAUGAAAAAAGAAAUGUAGUUAAUGAAUACGAGAGUAUUUGUUAAUUGAAAUGCGUCACAAAGGCGAGCAUUGCCCGCCGGUGGACCAAGGACAAUACCAAUACGGCACAAAGUAACAUUUAAUCGAUUAUAAAUCAUUUAAUUUAAUGUACCCCUAUUCUUCUGUACAUGCCGAUGUUCCCCACAAAGGAAUUCUCCACAAUCUGACAAUGCGUGUUAAAGUACACAAAUUCGUAAUUUUACAGAAGAGACCGUUGACACUGAUAUUUUGUAAACGAAUUGACUGAUGAAUUAAUAGAAAAUAUAAAAUCCACGAAAAGAGAUUAAAAAAAAAAUCCUUAAAAUGAAAUAUCGAAAAUUUCGAUACAUGUGUUCGGAGUCUUGCAAUAGUUUAACGUUGAAUACUAUCGUUAUUAAGCUAAAGUGUACCUUCACGUAGGCUUUCGAUUGGAAAGUGUACCUACGGUCAAUGUAGUUGUAAUUAAAAAAAUAAAGUGAAUUUCUUUUGUAA